AUGUCCCACCGCCGAAAGAGGAAAGAGUACCUCACAGUGAAGGACCUGCAGAAAAUGCUCGACACCUGCAAGUUACAUCUGGGACAAAUCGAUGAAGUGUGGCCCAAUAUCUUUAUCGGAAAUAUUGCAGUGGCCCAAAACAAGACGGCUCUGGUGCGGUUGGGAAUCACACACGUCCUGAACGCCGCUCACUCCAAACAGGGAAGCAUCGGGAACCAGCAUUUCUACGGCAACGACUUUGUUUACCUCGGGAUCCCGGCUGAGGACUCCACCUACUUUGACCUGGACCAGUACUUCAGGCUGGCAGCAGACUUCAUCCGCAACGCUGUCAAGUCUCCAGACGGCAAGGUGUUGGUGCACUGCAUUAUGGGUAUGAGCCGCUCGUCCUCGCUGGUCCUGGCCUACCUCAUGUUCUACGAGCACAUGUCGCUGAAGCAGGCCCUGCACUGUGUCGUCCAGAAGAGGGCGAUCUACCCCAACAGGAACUUCCUGGCUCUGCUCCUGGACCUGGACCUGCAGCUGAUGAAGAGGAGGAAGAAGAGGAGGAUGUGUGCGAUCCUCUGA